AUGGCCGGUGUCUGGCUGAGGCGAAAUGUCACCUACACGCAGGGCCAAAGCCCCGCACCACGCAUACGGGAGUACUUCUACUACGUCGACCACCAGGGACAGCUUUUUCUCGACGACACCAAAAUUAAGAACUUCGUCACCUGUUUCAAAGACGAGCAGUUCCUGUCCUUCUUCUUCAGCCGUCUGCGGGCGAACGAGAGCGGGCGCUACCAGGAGCACUUCCCCUUCCUGUCGCUGUGCGGGCGCGAGAGGAACUUCCUGCGCUGCGACGACCGGCCCCUGGUGUUCACACAGCUGCUGCCGGGGCCCCCGGAGGGCCUGUCCUUCUGCGGGGCCGGCGACCGGCUGGCGGUGCCCUUCCGGCCCGAGGCGCUGUUCGUGCACCCGGGCAGCGGGCGUCUGUACCACCCCUGUCCCGAGCGGGCGGGGGCCGUGGGGCUGGUGCGCUCCGCCCUGGCCUUCCAGCUCAGCCCCCACUUCCUGUACCCGCCCGGCCACGCCCACGCCGGCCAGCCCACGCACUUCCUGUGGGCGGGACGGGGCCACUCGCUGACCAACGAGCUGGCCGGACAC